CUAUCGCUUGACACACGACCCGACCUCGAUGUUAAAACACUUUCGCUCUUUCUACGCGUCACAUAAAUAGAGAAGAUGCCUUGACAGAGGUCUCAAAUUGCUACCAAGUAUAACUAAUGGACGCGAAUGGCACCCCAGAUGGGCGCCGCCGCAGCGGCAUGUACCGGCGGGGGUCGAACUUGUCCCAGUGAGUACUGCAAGCCGCCGACUCCUGCACAUACCUUGUGUGUCUGCUAGACGGUGCAUCGGACACCUGAAGCAAGCCUUUAAAAACUCCAAGACCCCGUAUUCCAAGUUCCAUGAGCGGCUGAGGCACAUCUAACACGAUGGUAGAACGAGCUUCUUGUCAGAGGUGGAAAUGGCCCACGACGAGGUGAUCGAACUCCAGCCCAUACAUAGAGUCGCCGUGCGCGCACCACCAAGACGACAACUGACGGGAGUCCAGAUCUUUUCAGGACCGACGUCCGAAAGCGUGCCAACCAGCAUAUCGUCCUUCCACCACCGUCGACCCCGCGCCGAUUCCACCGCCAGUGUCACCAGCUUCGCGUUCUACGAUGAGGAUCGGGAGUCGGAGGAUGAUGCCAGGGAGGAAGCGAUUGCUGACGAAUAUGGAGAUAUAGACUACGGAGAGAUAUUCGAAUCUCCUAGUCUGGAGGAACUGGAGGAAGGAAGGCCACCCAGCCGGCACAGACGGAAGUCUUCAGAAAGGAGACGGAGAUCUACCGAAUCGGCGGUAUCACAACAUGCGCCGCUGCUCCGGACACGCUCAUCAAUCUCCAGUGCGGCUUCACAUGAAGGCACGAGGGGAAGGAGGACGAAUCAAAAGAUAUACAUUUCCAUGGAGGAUCUAACAAUCGUCAUCGCCGGCUUCAACACGUCGAAACUAGGUUUCCUUAUAUACUUGAUCUUGUGCAUCUGUACGGCUGGCCUAGCAUGGCUCCUGUUGAGAUGGCUCCCUCGAUGGCGGGUGGCCUUGGUUGGAAGGGCAGCGCCGUUGAAAGAGUGCGAAUGGGUGGUCAUAGAGAACCAAUGGGGGGAGUUCGCUGUACAGCCGGUCAGCCAGCAAACAUAUGGGCGGUCGCUGUCCACAGUCUUCGGCGACGAUGAGAAGAUACCCAGGCUGGAUUUUGAUGAGGAUUUCGACCCAGUCAUCAACCAUUUACGCUCUCUCGAUUACAGAUAUAUCCGCUUCUCCUACCAUCCGCUCAAAGACAAAUUUGUCCUAGCGAAUACCUGGAAAGAUCCAUCAUGGACCGACGUUUCGGCGCUCCGGGAUGGCCUUGAUACUGAAGAACGGGAUUAUAGAGAGCUGGUCUUUGGGAGGAACAAUAUUGAUAUCGAAGAGAAGUCGACUUCGCAACUUCUGGUGGACGAGGCCUUCCACCCUUUUUAUGUCUUCCAGGUGGCAAGUUUGAUCCUCUGGUCGCUGGAUGAGUAUUACUACUAUGCUGCGUGUAUCUUCGUCAUCUCGGUGGUCAGCAUUACCACCACGCUCAUCGAGACAAAGGCCACCAUGAAGCGUCUACGAGAAGUUUCAAGAUUUGAAUGCGAUGUAAGGGUCUUGCGGAACGGAUUCUGGAGGCCCAUCAAAUCCGGCGAACUUGUCCCGGGUGACGUCUACGAGGUCACUGACCCGUCCCUGACCCAACUGCCUUGCGAUAGUCUGCUACUAUCGGGGGACUGCAUUGUCAAUGAGAGUAUGCUCACAGGCGAAUCUGUUCCUGUGUCCAAGAUUCCUGUCACGAAUGAAUCCUUGGAGAUUUUGGAUCUGAGCCAGUCAUCAAUGCACCCCGAGGUGGCUCGACAUAUGCUCUUCUGCGGGACCAAGAUCAUCCGCGCAAGGAGACCGCAUCACGGCGGAGAAGACGAGGCUGCGGCGCUUGCCAUGGUGGUUCGUACAGGGUUUAAUACCACCAAAGGUGCUCUGGUACGAUCAAUGCUCUUCCCUAAGCCGUCAGGUUUCAAGUUCUAUCGAGACUCGUUUCGGUACAUCUCUGUCAUGGCGUUGAUCGCCAUGCUGGGAUUCAUCGCCUCCUUUAUCAACUUUGUCCGCAUUGGCCUUGAGUGGCAUCUGAUCAUUGUCCGCGCACUGGACCUGAUCACCAUCGUUGUGCCACCUGCACUACCGGCUACACUCACCAUCGGUACCAAUUUUGCGUUGUCGAGGUUGAAGAAAAAGCAGAUAUUUUGCAUCAGCCCUCAGAGAGUCAAUGUUGGCGGCAAACUCGAUGUUGUCUGCUUUGACAAGACCGGAACAUUGACCGAGGACGGCCUGGAUGUGCUAGGUGUCCGCCUAGUGCACCGAUCUGAUAACCGCUUCAGUGAGUUACUUACGGAGGCCAGCAAGAUCCUCCCUGAGUCCGCGUACGAUCGUGACCCGACCAUCGAUUACUCCACCCACAAAGCGGCGCUUUAUACAAUGGCUACUUGCCAUUCCUUACGCGUCAUUGAUGACGAGCUAGUUGGAGACCCACUUGAUGUGAAGAUGUUCAACUUCACCGGUUGGAGCUUUCAGGAAGGGGAACAUAGGCGGGGAGCGGAAGAUGCAGACCCUGAUCAGAAAUUGUCUCCUUCCGUUGCACGACCACCUCCAGGUCGCGAGUAUGACAUCGACAAUGCGGACGGUGAUGAACAUAGACAUCCUCUUGAGCUGGGAGUUCUCAAGGCAUUCGAGUUCGUAUCGCAACUCCGAAGGGCAAGCGUGAUUGUUCGGCAGUUUGGAUCGAAAGACGGCCAGAUCUAUGUCAAGGGCGCACCGGAAUGUAUGAAGGACAUCUGCCGUGCUGACAGCUUCCCAGCAGAAUAUGAGGAACUAUUGGCAUACUACACGCACAAGGGCUUCCGGGUCAUUGCCUGCGCCACCAAGACUAUCAAGAAGCUCAAUUGGCUCAAGAUACAGAAAAUGAAGCGCGAGGAAGCAGAGAGCGACCUCACAUUCGUGGGCUUCAUCAUCUUCGAAAACAAGCUCAAACCCAGCACCACACCAAUCAUCAACGAGCUUCAGCGAGCAAACAUUCGCAACGUCAUGUGUACUGGCGAUAACAUCCUGACGGCAAUCAGCGUCGCUAGGGAAUGCGGGCUGAUCAACAAGACAGCACAUUGCUUCGUUCCGCAUUUUGUCGAAGGUGACUCACGGACGGCCCUGGCCAAACUCGCGUGGAAGAGUGUGGAUGAUCCGCUCUUUACGUUGGACGAGAACACACUGAGGCCAAUACCGCCCCCGCCAGAGGCGGAUGCCUCACUACCCUACGAUAUUUCCAAUCUCAAGAACUACUCUUUGGCUGUGAGCGGCGAUGUAUUUCGCUGGAUAGUCGAUUUCGCCUCGGAAAGCGUGCUGCGGGAAAUGCUCGUCUGCGGUCAGGUGUUUGCACGAAUGUCGCCAGACGAGAAGCACGAGCUCGUCGAGAAGCUACAAAGUAUCGAUUAUUGCUGCGGGUUCUGUGGGGACGGAGCGAAUGAUUGCGGCGCGCUGAAGGCAGCCGAUGUCGGUAUAUCUCUCUCAGAAGCCGAAGCCUCAGUAGCAGCCCCCUUCACCAGCCGUGUCUUCGACAUCAGCUGCGUUCCGACAGUCAUCAAGGAAGGCAGAGCCGCGCUCGUCACGAGCUUCAGCUGCUUCAAGUAUAUGAGUCUCUACUCCGCCAUCCAAUUCACCUCCGUCAGCUUCCUCUACGCCUCUGCGUCCAACCUCGGCGACUUCCAAUUCCUCUUCAUCGACCUCCUCCUCAUCCUUCCCAUUGCCAUCUUCAUGGGCUGGUCCGGCGCCUACCCCAUCCUCAGCCGCAAACGUCCCACGGCCAGCCUCGUCUCCCGCAAAGUCCUCACACCGCUCCUCGGCCAAAUCCUCAUCUGCGUGAUGAUCCAACUCAUUGGCUUCAAAGCCGUACAGAAGCAGCCGUGGUACCAGCCCCCCAUCCUCGACAAGAACCACUCCAACAGCCUCAACUCGCAAAACACGACCCUCUUCCUCGUCUCGUGCUUCCAGUACAUCCUCUCGGCCGUGGUCCUCAGCGUCGGGCGCCCCUUCCGCCAGCCCAUGAGCCAGAACCUGCCGUUCGUCAUCACCAUGUUCACCACGUUGGCCGUCACGGCGUACCUGCUGUUUGACCCCGCGCCGUGGGUCAUGCGGUUCAUGGAGCUGACGUAUAUGGAUUAUGGGUUCAGGUUCUUCAUUUUGUCGUUGGGUUUGGGGAAUUUCGCGCUUGCCUGGUUGGGGGAGCGGUAUGUUUUCCCGGCGCUGGCGAGGUGGGUGGGAAGGGUGAGGGAUAGAGUUCAUCCUGGGGGCAGGAAGACGAGGAAGGUGUAUAAAGUUGUGGCGGAGGGGAUGCGGAUCUGAAUUUAAGAUGAAUGAUAGAUUAGGUGUAGGUGUAUGUGCUGUGGUUAUCUAUGUAGCGUGAAAGUGGUUAGGGAAUGAGUUGUAGGUGUAUAUAUAUAGAAGUUUGGAGCUCGCAUUAGGCGACUAUACCCCUUCUUACAAAACAACUGAUCAUUGUAUCAAUCUCUAUUUUCACGAAUGAUUAACAUAUACUGCGGCUUUGAACGU